AUGGCUCAGUUUUCUCUGCGCCUCCUGGCCCUCGUGGCGUGCUUCACUUCCUAUGUUCUCGCAGUCUCUCCAAUUGAGGUCAGAGGGGCCGAUUUUGUCAACAGUGUCGACGGCACACGAUUUCAGAUGAUUGGUGUGGCAUACCAACCAGGUGGAUCGUCUGGCUUCAACCCAGAGCUAAAGAUUGACCCUUUGAGCGAUGCCGAUGUCUGUCUCCGUGAUGCUGUUCUCAUGCAGCGACUUGGUGUCAAUGCUGUCCGAAUCUACAAUCUCAACCCUGAUCUGGACCAUAGCGAAUGUGCCUCCAUCUUCAAUGCGGCUGGUAUCUAUAUGAUUCUCGACGUCAACAGCCCUCUGCCGAACCAAUCUCUGAACCGCGGUGCUCCAUGGGAGUCAUACAGCGAAGUUUACCUGGAACGUGUCUUCCAAGUCGUCGAAGGCUUCAUGCAUUUCAAUAACACUCUGGGCUUCUUCAGUGGCAACGAGGUUAUCAACGAGGACUCCGUGCCAGAGGUCCCUGCCUACAUCAGAGCUGUGACCAGAGAUAUCAAGGACUACAUUUCAGCACGAGGCAUCAGACCCAUCCCAGUUGGCUACUCCGCAGCCGAUGUUCGCCCCCUUCUAAUGGGCACCUUCGACUACAUGGCUUGCAACCUUGAUAACGAGACCAGCUCUAAGAUUGACUUUUUCGGCCUCAACUCCUACUCGUGGUGUGGCGAUGCUAGUUUCACGUCUUCGGGCUACGAUGUCUUGGUUGAUGAUUUCAGCAACACCACCAUUCCCAUCUUUUUCUCCGAAUACGGCUGCAAUCAGGUCCAGCCUCGCACAUUCACCGAGGUCGGAGCCUUGUACUCGGAGCAGAUGACCGGAGUCUUCUCUGGCGGUCUGAUCUACGAGUAUACUCAAGAGCCCAACGACUACGGUCUAGUCGUCCUGAAUGACAACGACACCGUCUCCAUUCUGAUUGACUAUGACAAUCUCCGUGAUCAAUACAACCAGAUAGACGUUGAGGCGCUUGUGAGAGCCAAUUCUACAGCCACCGGGUUGAAAGCACCGGAUUGCGCCGUUAGCCUAGUCUCUAGUACCAACUUCACCCAGAGUUUCGGCAUUCCUGCCCGUCCUGAUGGUGUCGACGAUCUCAUUGAGAAGGGUGUUCAGGGCAAUUUCCCUCAAGGCACCGAACGGGUCACUACUACCAGUGUGGGACAUACCGUGUACGCGGUUAACGGGCAGGAGAUCACUGGACUAGAACUCAACAUUCUGGCCGAUGAUCAAAGCAAUCUUCCAGGAAACAACACUAGUGGUACCACCCCUGAAGGAGGCAGCUCGCCAUCUGGUACCACCACAGGCAGUUCCCCAUCGGACACAGGCAAUGCUGCAGUGAAGGUCGAUAACGUCAAGUUUGGAUCGAUGAUAGUCGGUGUUUUGUCACUUGGUCUCUACAUGCAGCUGUGA